AUCUGGUUUCAGGGGCACAAUGAACAUCGAAGUGCACAACAUCACUUACACCAGUGCCACCGUCUCCUGGGCCAUGAACAACCCCUGUCCAGAGAACUACUACCACGUCAUGUACCGCCCCAACUGGAACAGCGUCUUCGCCGGCUAUUUACGCCAAAACUUCCACCGCGAGGAGCGAGUUCCUCACCCCCUCAGCUCCCUCGUCCUCCACCGACUCACGCCAUCCACCAUCUACGUCCUCUGCAUCACCUGCAAGAACUCUUACCCCUCCAGCAACCACUGCACCACCUUCCACACUCAGGACAAAACCCCCUUGGUUUUCGGCGGCUCUAAGCACGAACCUACGACCUCCAUGUGGAUGGUGAGCAGCCUGCUGCUCCUCUGCUUCAUUGCUCUCCUGGCGUAUGGCUGCCUGCAGUUCUGGUCUGCACGGUGCCACCGGGCUGCGAGGCUGAAGCAUCCCGCUGCCAACCCCGAAGAAGUGGGAGAAGAGAGCAGCUCACCGGAGGGGCCGCUGAAUGACGGACUGAGAGAGGAGCUUCUGGAAGUCCCCAUGACCACUGUGCUAAUGAGGAGCUCCAGUUUCAUCCAGGAGAGUCCGUACAGCUCCCCCCACUGCUUUUUUUCCUAUAAAACCAGCGACGAUAAAAGGGCCAUCCUGCCACAGCAUGGCCUUCAGUGA